AUGGAUGAAAGUAACAUUGGUCAACAAAUUCUCUUACAUUCACGUGAAAACACUGUGCAAGAAAAUCCUGAAAUUUUGCAAAAAGUAUCCAUGAGUGAUGCAAAUACAUUUUGGAUGAAUGUUCUUCGGGAUUGUGAACUUAACCGAUUGCUACCAUUGCCUUACGAUCGACAUCGUCUUCUCAACGAAAACCAAACAUCGCAUCGAGCAUUGUUUUCUUUCGAUUUCGGCGAAGAUCUCACACGUUAUAUUUUUACCUAUGCAUCAUCCAAAAAUAUACCAUUUCGAGACAUCAUGAUUGCUAGUUUUUGUGCCUUUUUGUUCAAAAUAUGUAAUGGAGAGAGAGAUUUGUGUAUUGGUAUGAUAUCUCACCAUGAAUCUAAAGAAUUCAAGUUAAUUCCAGAUCCCUCUGUGAAUAUGAUUCCAUUACGGUGUCAACUAGAUCCGCAUUGGUAUUUUCAACAAUUGGCUGAACAUAUACACGAAACAGUGACAAAAAGCAUGGAAUAUUCGUAUUUCCCUCUUCAAGAGAUUCUUACGCCCCGGGACGCAUCGAAAUUAGCAUUCCUUAAGAUAUGUUUUAAAUUUCACUCGUAUAGAAAAGAAAUGAAAACCAAUUGUGAAAAAAUCAAUUGUAAUGAUCAAUACUCAACAGACUGCGCAAUAAAUAAUACGAAAAGCGUGGCCACAGAGGUUUUGGACUUGAUUAUUACUAUACACCAUGAUCUGACUAUGAAUCGCCUAUCAUGUACAGUAGACGCGUCACGCGACGUAUUCAAUGUGGAAACAGUCGAUACCAUAACGCAGCGCUUUCAUUCCAUGUUGCAGCAAGUGUUUUUACUACCGAUUUAUUUCAUGAUGACAAAACCAAUUUGUGAAUUAUCGAUAACAUUACCAAAUGAACGGCUACUCAUACAAUCAACGAACAAUACAAGUAUAUCACUUCCUUCUACCAAUGGCGUUCAUCGCGAUUUUGUUUGUCAAACUAUGAAACAUCCACAAAAGCUGGCGGUAGAACUUGAUGAACAAUUUUUAACGUAUUGUGAACUAUUGAAUUGCAUACAAAUAUUAUCUAUGAAUUUCUUAAAUGAAUAUCGCAUUGUUCCCGGUGAUAUUGUCUGUCAAUGUGUCGAACGAAGUUUUUCCAUGGUGAUUGGUAUCUUAGCUAUUGAAAUGGUUGGUGGUGUGUACUGUCCAUUAUCACCUCAAGAUCCUGAGCAUCGCUUACAUGCACUCAUGCAGCAAACUCAAAGUCGCCUCGUUCUUGUUAACUAUUUCACAAAAUCAAUAUUUCAUGAUGAAAUUUCAUUUAUUAAUAUUGAUUCGGUAAUCAUGUAUGACUACGCAACUUAUGAGGCCGAUACAAAGGCAUUAUCGAACGUUAUAGUAACACCUAAUGAUAUUGCCUAUAUUAUCUUUACAAGUGGAUCAACUGGAACACCAAAAGCAGCCCGACUUCGACAUCGAAAUAUAACGGAUUGGAUGAAUACUGCGCUUGGUAUCGGUGUCAUCAAUAAGAAUGAUAUAGUUGCUCAGAUAGCACGUUGCUCUUUUGAUGUUCAUGUUCUUGAUAUACUAGGAACGUUGAUUAUUGGUGGAAGUCUCGUUAUGCUUCACCCAGAAGGUAUUUCAGACUUUGAGUACCUUGCUCGAGUGUUCAGUGGAAAGCAGACAACAUAUAUUCACGCUGUACCGAGUCUUCUUCGAGCUUUCUUUACAUUUUUAACUAGCAGUAUCGAUUUCAGUGCCGUGAAGUAUUUCCGAUCGGUUUGUGCUAGUGGAGAAGCUUGUUCUGUUAAACUGCUGCGCUUCCUAUCCGGUUAUUUGUCUGAGAACUGUGUUAUAUGGAACUUGUAUGGUCCCGCUGAAGCGAUAGGUUGUACGUUUCAUCGCUUUGAUCCUAUAAUAGAUACUGAAGUAGUACCCAUUGGUUUUAUGAUGCCUAAUUAUCGGUAUGAAAUAUUUGACGAAUUCCUACAACAUAUUGUAGAUAAUCAAGAAGGCGAGCUGUUCAUUGGAGGAGUCGGUUUGUACGAUGGUUACCUUGGACGUGAUGAUUUAACAGCAGCAGCAUUUGUUAAAAUUAAUAGUCAAUUAUAUUAUCGAACAGGUGAUAUUCUUAAAUUGACCAGUAAAGGCUCUCUUUUGUAUCAUGGAAGGAAGGACCAUCAAAUCAAAUUACACGGGCAACGAAUCGAGUUAGGAGAAAUAGAGCAAUGCAUCUUAAAUACAUCGGCUCCCUUUUGUCUUGUUACGAAAUGGAAUGACCACCAUUUAAUUGCCUAUGUUGAAAAAAGCUCCAAUAUUAAUGAAGCGCAACUACGCGAACAUUGCCGAAAGUAUUUACCACCUCAUAUGAUUCCUUCAAUAUUUAUUUUACUUGAAGACUUACCAUUAAAUACAAAUGGAAAAGUUGAUCGAAAACGCCUUCCUUCGCCUAAUUUUCAUCAUUCUUUAUCUGUUGCAGAAAAUAAGGGUGGAUUAUUGCUACCAAAAGAUGAAAUUGAGGAAUUUGUCCAUCGCGUAUGGUGCCAACUCUUCCAUCAGAAUCGAAUGCCAAUGGACACAAAUUUUUUCGCUGUUGGCGGUCAUUCUUUACUUCUUAUGGAACUUCUCUGGCAAUAUAAAGCUGAAUAUCAUCUAAAUUCAAAUACACUGACUAUUAAUGAUCUCUCCAACAAUAUAACAAUAAGAGAUCAUGCUCGAGUUGUCCGCCAUUAUCUUAAUAUGACUCCAAUUUCGGUUGGUUCUCCUCUGGUUUCGUUGUAUCUUACUCAAGGUAAUAAUAACUUUUAUCACUACCGUCAGUAUUCUAUGAGUCUGUAA